AUGGCUCUCUCGAUCUCUCCCUACUGCAAGCUAGUUUUAGCUAUCCUCUCCGUCUCUGCCGCCGCCACCACCUUAUGCCUUAACACGGACACCACAGACAACACCAAACCGGACAGCAUCGGCAGGGCAUCAACCACCAACGCAGAAUUCCUGUCGACCCACAACGCGGCACGGCAGCAGGUGGGGGUUCCGCCACUAACGUGGAAUGUCCGGUUGGCCAGGUACGCCAAGGCGUAUGCAGUGCAGCGGCGUGGAGAUUGCCAACUGGUGCACUCGCCCGGAUACACCUACGGAGAGAACAUCUUCUGGGGGCAAGGCCACCGGUGGACCGCGGCAGAGGCGGUGGGCGCGUGGGUGGCAGAGAAUCAAUGGUACCACUAUGACAACAAUUCCUGCUCUGGCCCCGACUGCAGCCACUACACCCAAGUUGUUUGGCGGACGACCGAGCAGCUCGGAUGCGCCAAGAUCACGUGCGCGACAGGCGACACUUUUGUUGUUUGCGAGUACUAUCCGCCGGGCAACUACAUUGGAGCUCGGCCCUACAAGAAAAAACCCGUCAACCCUUAA